CGUUAUUUGUACAGGCUGUGGUGACUAUAUACAACUUCCAGCAGUAUAGGCAUAUUCAACCACCAGGCUGGAUUUUGAAUUGGACAUGGGCAAAGGAUGAGGUGAUAUGGAGCAUGAUAGGAAGUCAGACUACAGAGCAAGGUGAUUGCUCAAAAUUCAAAGGAGAUGUUCCCCAUUGCUGUAAGAAGGAUCCAACAGUUAUCGACUUGUUGCCUGAAACUCCUCACAACCAGCAGAUUGCAAAUUGCUGCAAGGGAGGAGUCGUCAACUCAUGGGGCCAAGAUCCUGCAACUGCCAUUAGUUCAUUCCAACUCAGUGUUGGUUCUGCUGGAACAACCAACAAAACAGUUAGAAUACCUAAGAACUUCACCUUAAACACACCAGGACCUGGAUAUACUUGUGGACCUGCUAAAGUUGUUAGACCAUCUAAAUUUAUUACGUCGGAUGGGAGAAGAGUGACACAGGCUAUGAUGACUUGGAAUGUCACAUGCACAUACUCACAGUUCAUGGCUCAGAAAAAUCCUACAUGUUGCGUUUCCCUAUCAUCGUUGUACAAUGACACGAUUGUACCCUGUCCUACAUGUGCUUGUGGCUGCGAGAAUAAUGGCACUAAGUCGGGAAGUUGUGUGGAGCCAGAAAAGCCACACCUAGCUUCAAUUGUUUCAGACCAGGGGAAGAACAACUUUACGCCUUUGGUCCAGUGCACGAAUCAUAUGUGCUCAGUUGGAAUUCAUUGGCAUGUGAAACUCAACUACAAGGAUUAUUGGAGGGUUAAGAUAACUAUAACAAACUUCAAUUACCAUAUGAACUACAAACUAUGGAACUUAGUUGUCCAACAUCCCAACCUUGAUAACAUCACUCAGCUUUUCGACAUCAAUUACAAGUCAUUAACUCUUUAUGGAGCAAUAAAUGAUACUGCAAUGUUAUGGGGUAUGAAAUCCUCCAAUGAUCUGCUCGUGCAACCUGGUCCUUCAGGAAAUGUCCAGUUCGAACUUCUACUCCGAAAAGAUUCAAAUUUAAUUUCAGAUAAGGGAUGGGCUUUCCCUCACCGAGUUUAUUUCAAUGGUGAUAACUGUAUCAUGCCACUUUCUGAGGCAUAUCCACAUUUGUCAAAUGAUGUUUCCGUCGUGCCACCUCCCGAUGUAGAUCCACAUUUGCCGAACGCUGUUUCCCAAUGGAAGGUCUCUUUGCUUAAAUUAGUAGUCACACUUGUAUUCUCUAUGGCUUUCUUCUUUGCUGACACAUAACAGUCUGUCACUUGGAAUUGGUCAGUGCCAAUCAGUAGAUUUCCCCUAGCUAUUGUAUCACAUGUUUUUCUUACAUUCUAAAAUCAUAUUAUUUUGUAUAUUUCUUAAGCUCAUAGUGUUCCUAGAGCUGU